CUUUUUGCUUCGCGUGUAUUUAUUUAUCGUUUUAAUUUCUAUCGAGAAAAUAGAAAAAAAUCUUUAGAAAUCUCUAAACGAAAAAUCGAAGAAUGUAAAGGAAAAUUACCCCAGAUAUCCGUUAUAAAAUUAAAUUAGUUUAGUCGCAAAACACGCUGUUAGGAAAAAUCUUUUAUAGCAGAAACAGCGUUUUUUUUCUAUAAAAAUUUUUUUUUCUUUUAUUUUUGUACAAUUAGUAAUAAAUUCAUUGUUAUAGAAUAAUUUUUUUUUUUUUUAAAUUUAUGCAUAUUAAAAAAAUUUUUAAAAAAUAUUAAAAAUGGUGUAAAAUAAUUAUAAAAUUAAUUUAUUUAAAUAAAACAAAAAUUUUACUUUAAUAUAAUGAAAAAUUUUUAUAAUUCCAGUUAAAUAAAGUUUGUGAUUAAAUUAUUUUUUGAAAAUAAAAUUCUAACUAUAAUUAAAAGAAAAAUCAAAAGUAAUAUUAAAAAAAAAAUAAAAUUUAUGAAAUUCUUAUGCAAGUGUUUACACUAUGAAACAAACAAAUUGAUUAAAAGUGUUCUUUAAUUCUAAAACUUUUUUAUAUAAAAAGUUUAAAAAAGAAAAAUAAGAAAAGAAAAACUAAAACAUUAAGCAGUGGUUUCUGUUUGAAACAUUUUACUUUAGACAAAAAUAAAAUUAAAAAAUUCAAUAUAGGUCAGCUGCAAGGAAAAAUACUACCUUUAUCUUCAUAUUUCUCGUCCCCAUCUUCGGAAAUAGUUCAAACAUCCGAAUCAUCAUCGUUUUCAUCGUUUUCUUCGCCUUCGCAACCGACAAACUCUAUUUCUAUUACAUAUAUACAACCACCACAAGAUUCAAUACAAAAUCAGAAACAACAACAAGAACAACAACAACAAUCUGAUUAUAAUUAUAGUACAAGUUCUCCUAUAAAAAAUUCUCGUUUAUUGGAAUGCCAAUCUUUACCAGUAACAACAUCACAACAAUUUUCCCCUUAUUCUACAACAUCAUCAUUCUCCACUGCAUCAUCAUUAAUAAAUACAAUUGAAACGUCAUAUGAUACUAAUAUAGAAAAAGAAGGAAUAAAUAACGUAAAAGAAAUAAUGACGCAAGAUGAACAACAUUUGGAUCAAAGCCAACAAACACCAAAUGAUCAAAGAAGUUGUUCCAUCGAUAAUAGUCAACCAACAAUUCCUAUUGAUGAUGAUACGAUCACGUCAUCUUCAUUAACAACAACAACAACAACAACAACAACAACAUCAACAACGGAACAACAAAUAACAAAAACAACAACAAAAACAUUAUUAACUGAUGGAAAAUUACAAUAUAAUUUGGAACAAUAUAAUAAUGAAUUAAUAGAUUCUGUUACGUUCGAUUAUGGUGAUAGCAAUGAAGGCAAUAGAGAUAAUUUUAAUAAUAACAACAAUAUUCCUGAAAGUAUUAGUAAAAAUAAAAACAAUAGUGGCAAUAAUCAAUUCGAAUUAUCAACAUCAUUAUCAGCAUCAUCACCACUUAAUGAUUUUAAUGAAAAUUUAAUAUUACCGGAAAAUAAAAAUAAAAUUACACAAAAUAAAAAUACUGAUGACGUUAUCUCAGAUACGCCUUUAGUAAAUAUUAAUACCAACACUUUAGAAGAAGAAAUUGUUAUUAACACUCAUCAACCGAAUGUAAACGUUGAAAGUGCACAAAAAGAAAAUAUUUUAAAUAAAAAUAGUGAUUUUUCACAACCACAACAUUACUCGCUUAACAAUAACUAUAAUAACACUACCGCAAUAUUAACGAACUCUACAACAACACAAAACAACAUACAAUCAAAAAAUGUAUCAGAUAUUGAAGCGAAUGAUUUAAAAAAUCAAAUAGAAUUUAAAGAUUCAUUUAAUAAAUCGGUUGUCUCAGCGGUAAACGUUAAUUCUAAAAUAAAUACAACAAAUCUAUUACAAAAUAAUGAAAAUUUGCAAGAACAAUUAUUAAUAAUUUCUAAAAAUAUUAUAAAUGUGGAAGAUAAUAAUAAAUUGUGUAAAAUUAAUUCAGAAAAUCAAAAUUCAUUAGAAUCAGAAAAUAAUAAAGAAAAUAAUUUAGAAAAUAAAAUAAUUCAAAAAUCUGAUAUUAAUCGUGAAAAUAUUAAUUAUAUUUUAGAACAUAAUGAAAAAUUGGAUGAUAAAUCGGUAAAUAUAAAUGAAUCAUCCGACGGGAAAACUAAUUUAAAAUUAAAUGAUGAAUCUGGUUCAAUAAAAUUAAUUGAUAGUUCAGAUAUAAUUAAAAGUGAAAAUAACAACAACAUAAGUGAAUUAAAUUUUAUUAAAGAAGAAUCAAAAGAAUUAGAUAAUGAAAUUAAAUUAAAAUUACUUGAUGCCAAAAAUAAUGAAAUCAAUGAAAAUUUAAAACAAGCUCAAGGUGUAUGUAUUGUUCCAAAUCAAAAAAUAUUACAAGAGCAAGAAAUAACCGAAAAUAAUUUGAACUUUAAUGAAUCUACAAAAAGAUCAAUCGAUAUUAAUGAACUCAAUUCAAUUGAUAAAAAUAAAUUAAUUGACGGUCAAUCUGACAAUAAUAAUAACAAUAAUAAUAAUAUAAAUAAUAAAGAUAAAUAUAAAUCUAUGAGACAAAAGACAUUAUCGCAAGAUGAAGACCCAAUUACACGUUUAAAUAGAUUACGUGCUAAUAUUUCAAACGCCCUUCGUGAAGUUAAAGGUGUUAUUCGUCAAUAUAGUUCGGAACAAAGUAUUGAAAUUGAAGAUAAAUUAAUUGGUAAUCGUUCAAUUACUAAUAGACGUUUAUCAAGACAAAAUAAAUUAUCUGAUGAUUUUAAAAUAAAUCAAAAAGAAGAAGAAAUGGCACCAAUCGCUGAUGAUAAUAAACCCGUACAAUUUCGUUUUGUACGAAAAACAAGACGAAGCAUUAAUAAUAUUAACGAAACAAUUAUAGAUCAAGAAAACAAUAAAACUAAUCAAUUAAAUGAAAUCGAUAACAAUAACAGAAAUCAAUCAGAAACGAACGAAUUAAGUUCGGAAAAUUUACAAAAUUCAAAUGAAAAUAAAGAAUUAAAUAAGGCUAAUGUUGAUAAUAAUAACAAUAAUUUAAAUACAGAAUUAAAAAAUAUUGAAGUUACUAUAGAAAAUAAUAAUAAAAACGAUAACCAAAAUCAAAUUGCAAUUCAAUCAAAUAAUGAUAAAACUGUAAAUAUAUUAAACACUGAAAAAAAUAAUCAAAUUCAAGAUAAUCAAAUUAAUGAUUCAAUUGAGAAAAAUCAUGCAAGUCCAGAUUUAAUUAAAGAAAAAAAUGAAAAAAUAAACAACAAUCAAAUUAAGGAAAAUAAUUUAGUUAAUAAAAAACACACAACUCCUGAUUUAAUUGAGGUUAAAAAUGAAAAAGUAAAAAAGAACAUUAUUAAAAAACAAGUUGCAGAAAGUGCUGAAGAAAAAGUAAAAAAAUUAUUAUUGAAAAAGCCACCCGUUGUGGAAAAUGAAAACAAUAAUUUGAACAUUACUGGUAACAGUGUCGUUAAACCAAAACUUAAAAAAAUUAAGAAAAUCAAUUCUUUUGAUAAAGAUUCGAAUGAAUUAAGUGGAACUGAAAAACCAAAACGUAUAAAAUUAAAAAAACAAAUUUCCGUCGAUGAUAAAACUUUAAAACAAAAUGAAGUGUCAGAUUCAAAAUCAUUAGAAAUAUUAGAUUUACUAAAAGCUUCUGAGCAAAUUCCAAUAUUACACGCAUCUGACAAUAAAACAGAAGCUACUGAGUUGAACUUAAGUUUAAAUAAUAAAAAUUCCAACAACCAUUUAAAUAAAUUAAAUAAUCUUACUGAAACAGAAAGCUCGCAGACUGAUUUAGUUACUAAUGACAAACCGUUAAAUAAAAAGUCUGAGGAAACAAUUAUAAACGAUACAAAAAAUAUUUCCAAUGAUUUAGAUGAUUUUACAAUACUCUUAAGUAGAGAAGUAAUUGUUUCAAAGGUUGUCGUACCACAAGGAUCCAUUGAAUUUGAUAAUCCUGAACUGAUUGAAUUCCCAAAAGGUGAUAAUAAUUGUAAAAUAAUUUCGGAAAUUGAACCAGCUAAGAAAGAAUUAAAUCAAGAAAAUAAUAAUUUAACUGAUACAUCAAAUCUAAAUAAAACUGAACUUUCAAAAAGAAUGACUAUUUCUGAAAAUUCUUUAGUUAUUAAUAGAAGGGCUUCUGUUGCUAUAACUGAUGCUAAAAAGCUUGAAAGUGAAAAUAAACAAAAAGUAAAAACUACAAUAACAACUCAACAAAGAAGAGCUUCGCAUGUUGAAAGUGUGAAAAGCUUACCGGCCAAUAAAAUUGUUGCAAGUAAACCAAAACCAUUGAAUACAGUAACAACAUCUACUGAUUCACUUCCGGAUAAAACCUCUGUUGUAUCAAAACAGAAUAUUACAGCGAGUAUGCAAAAUGCUGUUCCAGUUACUGUACAAAAAGCUAGUGUUCCAAAAAAUUCUACCGAUUUGCCGAAACAGGCUGUUAAAACGACAGUUAAAACUACAUCAACUAGCAAUACUUCUAAUAAAGAAGUUAAAAAUCAAACAAGCCCACAAAAAGAAAUUUCAAAUAAAGAACCUAAAGUAAUAACAAGGAAGGUUGUUAAAGUUUCACCUGCUACUAAAGAAAUAACGGUUCAAAAAAGUGGCACAGAAGUAAAGAAAAUUGGAUCAAAAACAGUUCCUAAAACAUUUACUGUUUCUAGGGUAAAAGAACCUCUUAGCCCUUUUAAAAGUUCAAGUCCUAUUAAAGUAACGGCUCAAGCAAAGGACUCUCAAAAGCAUGAUGGCACAAAGUUAACACCAAAUGGCAGCAUAAUUCAAAAUAAGACUAAAGAAAUUUCUGUUACUUCUAAAUCUACAGACGUUGCACCAAAGAAAAAAGUCAGCACUGAUAAUUCUUCUGGCAUAAAAAGCGCCGAAAAGCCAACGGAUACUAAGCUAGUGAAAGAUAUAAGCGUUACAAAAACUGAAACUGCUGAAAAUACAGUCAUAUCUAAAGAAAGUAUACUUUAUAAAGAAGACACUGCAAAAGUGGAAAAAGAAAUUGAGAAAAAACAAAAUGAAGCUCCAAAAGUAACAGUAAAUGUUGAUACUAUUACGACUAACAAGAAUACUGAAAUGAACUGUGUGUCUAAAACAAUUGAAAAAUCUAAAGAACUGUCAACGACUUCUAGUAAUGACAAGGAAAAUAUUAUGAAAUUGUCAAUAGAAACGCAAAAGGAAAAUAUCAAAGCAAAUGAAACUACAACUGCAACGUUAAAUAACCUAUUAACUCAAAAUAAUCAGAUCAUCAUACCAACUGUAGUGAUAACUGCGAAAGAAGUACUGCACGAAAAAGAAGCAAUUACAAAAACGGUUGAUGCUGUGUCAAACUCUACCGAACACGAAGAAACAUUUAACAUUCAGGAAUCAACUAAUGUUGAAAAAAGCAUUACUCAAGAAACUAAAAUUCUUCAACCCCAUGAAAUUUCUCAUGAUGAAUUGAAAACGGAAACUAAAAAUAUUGAAUCUGAAACUUUAUCAGCCCCUAAUGAAAUUUCAGAACAGAACAUAUCUAGUGAAACUAUAUCCAUAGAACAAGAUAAAUUAGAAACUACUCAAGAAAAUGUAGAAGAAUCACAAAUCACAGAUGGAUCUGAAUCUAAGUUAAAUGUUAUUGAAAGACUGCGUGAGAGUAGUCACUCAGAAAAUGAGACAACAGAAGAUGAACAUUAUACAUCCGAGUCUACAGCUGAAACAACAGAUACAGAUACAAAAGGUGAUAGUAUUAAAGAAAAAUCUGCUAAAAAACGGAAAGCUCUUAAAAAAGUUGUAAUCAAAAGAGUAAAACGUAGAUUAUCUAUAACAGAUGGUCCACCACGUUCAAUUUCUCCAACAAAUUCUGAGCCUCCAAUUGAACCAGAAAUAUGUGAAAAAGAAAUUUAUGAGGAAAAUAAUACGUUAGAUGAAGAAGCAGAAGAUGAAAUCGAUGCGGAAGAAUUGAUUAAAGCACCUCCAAAACCAUGUAUAAGACCGAGAGCUUUUGAACCAGAUGAACUUGUUUUAUAUGGUGAACGUUUCAAAAAAACACAAAUAAAAUGGCGUAAAGCACGUAUUGUUGAAAGAAUUACAAGUAUAUCAUAUAAAAUUCAUUUAGGUGAAGAUGAAGAAGAUCAAACUGUUCAUUUAAGCUUUUUGAAACGUGAUACAGGUAAAAGAAUAUCAUUUGGUGGUAAAGAAUAUUUAGAAAUCGAUUACGCCCAAAUUGAAGCAGACGAAGAAAAAUAUAGUCGUCCUUAUAGUAUUUGGGAUCGUGCUUAAGUAUUAAGCAAAUGAAUAAAAGUAAAUCUCAUAAGGUCACAUAAUUAGAUGACAUAAAUGAAAUCUGAUGAAAAGCGAAUUACAGUUGUAUACUCAUAAUAUACUUACAUAUUAUUUAUAUUUUUUGAAAAUUUAUAAAUUUUAUUUUUAUUAUUUGAUUCUUAAUUUAAUGUAAAUAAUACUAUACUUUUUUUUUCU